UGUUUGGCCUCUAUUACUGCACCAUAUGUGCUAUAUUUGCUUGCACUGCAAGUACGCUACAUUUAGCGUGCAGGGUAAUCCGUGUACGUUUUGAUACAAUUCGGACAUUUUAACAAGAGAGGCUACCAUGGAAAAAAGGAGUGGACAAGUGUUCACGCCGCUGCAUCCCUGGCAAUGCAAGAAGUCGUAUACUCCAUUGGAGUCCGAAGUUCAAGUUGAUGUUGAGUUAAAUCGCCCCACGGCCACCGGCAGGACAGACUGGACCAUCAGGAAAGCCAAGAUCCCCGGGAUCCUCAUGGUCUUCUCGGCAUCGAUGAACCUCGUAGCGUUCAGCGUAAUCAUCGUGGUCGACGCAUUUUUCUCCGAAUUCAUGAUAGCCUGCCUGAUCUACCUGACUACAGGGGUUUUGGCCAUUGUUGGUGCGUUCAAGGUUCAGAGCACCCAAGUUGUGACACUUGCCACCCUGAUAAUGGCCUGUAUAUCUCUCAACCUCGUCGGGGCUCAGUUAUUAUUGCGGUUGUUUGAUUUGGGAAUCGGGCGCGGUCUUGCCGAAAUACCCAUCGGUUCACAGGUUUCACAGCAGAUUAUCUACUGGACGCAUGUCGUACUCUUGUUCAACUCGUUCCUCACGCUUGCCGUCUGCAUUGCCCUGGUCUUUAUUGGAAGCAAGGUGAUCUGCCAGUGCUGCGGAGGUGGCGACCAGGGGGAUGACGGGGCAAGACAAGACGCGGCAGUCAUACCAGGCGGCGAGUUCGAAUCCCAAGUGCCCUUUCUGUCAAUAGAUUAAUAGGUGGUGGACGGAUGAAAACGCGUGCUAUAUGUACUAUAUGUACAUGUUCAUGAAUAUGUCGAAAGGAUUUAAAUGAUGCUCUACUGUCGAGGCGGUUAGCAGUAGAUGGCGAGGCCCGACAGAAUGCUGCAGUCUUUACGAGACAAAAAACUGAAGUCGAAUUUCUGUCAAUAUGGUGGACGGAUUACACAUAUACAAAGACGAAACGCAUGCCCUUCUCAAUAGCUAUAAAAUGUAUGGGUAAACUGAUGAUGUAUGCUAUUACUCGGAGGUGGAAGGGAAUAACAAGUCAUAACGUAUUACAAAUAUUAUAUCAUCAUUUAUUACCAGUGUCAAGUAUGUAUCAAAGUUAGAAUCGUAAUAAAUGAAACAGAUGGCACAAAGUGAUCCCUUGUUCGCUGGGCAACUCAUGAUAAACCUUUAGUUUCUGGUACAUACAUAUAUCACCCUGAAUUCCCCUGAUUACUGAGAAUCAGGUCCAAGGGGUCUUCCCAACCUGCUGAGCAGGCCUGUCCUGGGAAUGGAGAAUAGCUCUUCAAUAAUGUUUGAAUUACUGUGUUCAAGUCUUCCAAAGAAAUUACAUUGUGCUCAUAGGGUAGGUAAUUAAAGGUUCUUCAAUCAUGAAAUGCGCUGUUGGUUUGUCAUUUGGAUAGCAAACAAAUUGCAAACUCUCUCGAAGUGAUUGUCCAACUUACCAUCAGAAUAUACCUGUAUUUUUACCAAUAA